UGAAAUGUGAGCUCACCAACGGCAGGAGGACGCUUUCUCCGCAGCCUCUCCUCCUUUGGGUUCCUAUAAAUUGCAGAAAGAAUUGUCAAUGGAAAUCGGAGAGAAAGCUUCUUCGGUUCCAGAAUUGCCUUGUUUUGUUGGGAAGACUUCUCCAUUAGCGCAGGAAAAAAGUCAGGAUGAAAGUUCUCCUCGUCCUCUCCAUCUUGUCCUUCUCCUUGGCACUGUGCCACGCGGCUUGCUUCUUCAACCCUUUGGAAAAAGAGGCAAAUGGCGUGUGCACUGACCUUUACGAUGGCACAAAGCAUCCGAUCGGCUCAGAGUGGAACACAGCUGACUGCCUCCAAUGCUGGUGUAGAGACAAUGGAAUGGAGUGCUGUCACAGAUAUGGCGGAGUUGUAAGCGUUGAAGGAUGCACAGCCGUCGUCGACCCCGAAACCUGCAAAUACAAGUUCUAUAAGAAUGACGACCCUUCAAAGCCUUGUUAUGAUUAAACACAUGAUGGGUUCUUCUGUUUCCUUCAUGUAUGAGGAUUAAUAUGAAUAAACCAGUCACUCAAGCAACUCAGCCUGGCAUCCUCUCUGUGUCC